AUGCCUGCUAAUUAUGGGCAGACUCUCAAGCGCCUCGUAGAGAGUAUUUCCAGAGCCAAGAAAGAAUCCAUUGUCAUCCUUGCUGGUGCAGGAAUUUCUGUCGCAGCGGGAAUACCGGAUUUUCGUUCCAAAGGAACAGGUCUCUACUCUCAACUCGAACGCUAUAACUUGCCAACGCCCACCUCCAUGUUUGAUCUCUCGUACUACUGCUUGCGUCCCCGACCGUUCUCCUCGCUGUCAGUAUCUAUCUUCCCGUCUUACAAGUAUAAGCCCACCAUGGCACACCACUUCUUUAAGAUCUUAGAAGAUAGGGGUCUUGUGCGAUUUAUCUACACACAGAAUAUCGACGAGCUUGAAAUAUUUGCAGGAGUGUCUCCCCGGCGUAUUUUGCAGUGUCAUGGAAGCUAUUGUAAAGGCUUGUACUGUCUAGGGAAUGUCUCUGGUGUGUGUACCUACCAAGUGGAAGACCAGAACGUUUUCCGUGCUGCAGCCAUGGACCAAUCUGUCUCACAUUGCCCACGUUGCGGUCGGGUUUUAAAGCCCAGGAUAGUGUUCUUUGGAGAGCAAUUACCUUCGGAGUUUCAGCUUGCCCCCGAGAUAAUUGGAGAUGCAGAAAAGACAAGCAUGUUGCUUAUCCUCGGAACAAGCCUUACCGUUGCUCCAUUCAAUUUCCUGGCAGAAAUGGUUCCAAAUGAGGCACUUAGAGUGCUUAUUAAUCGCGAUCCAGCUGGAUACGUUAAUCAGGCUCUCCGCUUCUAUGCCAAUGCCCACCCUGAGAAGACAGCAGCUGACGUGUUUGCCAAUGAACAAUUGAUGCAGGAGGCCCUCGAUCUUGUAGGUCGGGACGGAAUGGACAUGUUCCUUCCCGGAGACAUUGAAACAACUAUUUCAUCGCUUGCUGAACUAAUGGGUUGCAAAGACGAACUUGUCAACCUUAAGAAAGAUUGUGAUAACAAGUUUGAGUCUUUGCUUGAGAAGGAGUCCAAAGAAGCUAAGGAGGCAACCGUGGACGGAGUCACCGAAGCGCUUGUCCCAUUCUUUUAUUCUAAGAGUCUUCGUGUUCCAACAUCCAUCGCUAUCACGGGACAGACUUCAACUGGUGAAGCCAUUGUUGGAAUGUUAGGGUUUUCUACCAAGUCUCAGCUUGCAUUGAUGCAGAAUGCAAACGUCAUUGCCUCAGAGAAUGUAGUUGUAGAUAUAACACGACUUCCAUCCAGUGUUUUCACUAAAUUCAAGACGAUCCUUGAUGCAAUUGGUUUCUCAACAUCUACCAAGGAACUAGCAAUUCGUCAUGCUAGCUACCAUAACACAAUAGGGAAAUGUGUCUAUGCACCUCUGAAUUGUCAUUGGGCGUCGUACUGUCACAGCUUUGUUGGAAUAAUAAGCUCAAGUGGUGGCGACAGCACGGGAACAUUUAAUAGUGAUGUAUGGGACACAAUUACCCGCUGGCCAAAGUCUCUCCUUGCCCCAGAUAUCUCUGUUGAAGAAGCCGGAGACCCUGGCGCAACAUAUAGAGCACACACCAGCAGCUCGCUUCCCAUUAGUCACUUUACUGACUAUUCUCUUGUUCCCCUUUGUGAUACUCAGACCUUGGACUGCGAGCUUUUGCAGGACCCUAAUUAUGACGUAAGUCUGUUCACGUCAUCUCCGUUGUCCCGCUACUUGGCUGGGUCUGGCGACAACGCUGUUGCCGGUGUGCUGCUAAAGUCCACCACCCUGCCUCAGGAGCUGGAUGCACUUCACUUUCGAAUCACACCGAAAUAUGAUGAUCAGCUCAACGAUCUGGUCGAGAAGCUACAGCGGCGUCGUGAAAGCCUUACAGACGAUUUGAAGACAAUGGCGAAGCCUUACGUGAUCUCAGAACUCUCCAUUCAGCCUUGUUCAUCUGCGGCUAUUGUCUCUGUGCAUUAUCACUCGCCUUUAGCAUCUAAAAGGGCUGCUGCUCAAGAGCUCAUUUCCUCUUCCUUCACGGGUCUCAUUAAGCGUGUUGCCGGAGAUCUUAUCAAAAGCACUUGCCUUACUGAUGAGCCUUCAGGUAAAUGA